AUGUCUCGGUCAUGUCCCGGCUCGUGCACUGCCUUGACGGGAACGUUGGCCGACAAGAACGUACCACUCGUUACGAUGAAUGGCUCUGCCAAUUCCCAGAGAAAGUCGUUCUCGGUAAGAUCACCAGAACCUUGACAGACGGACCAAACUAAAUUUCAGAAGCCCGAAGGCAUCCAACACCUGGCUGGAAUCAAAGGAAUCACGACCGAAAGCUAUGAGGAUUUGCUCAACGAGCUGCGUGCAUACGAUUCGACCAUAAAAUUUGGCUACCAUGAUAUGAACUCGACUCACCAUGUGGUCAUGCUUCCGGAUGAAACCAUCUCCGGUGCCGGCAAGAACGUCACGGAUACCUUUCCGUACGUGUCUGCUGGUGAACGCUCCGAGAGAGCGGUCGAGCGGCCAAAUGUGAGUGGUUCCCCGUUGCAAUUUUGUAAAACAAAAUGAUAUUUCAGAUUUUCACCAGUCUCUGCACUAUCUUCAGUUCAAAAAGGAAGAACAGACAGGCUAGGAUGCAGAAGAUGUUUGAAGAAGCUAACUCACGACUUCAUGCAUCGAGAGGAGAUAAAUGGAGACAACAUAUGCUUCAAUAUCAUCGGGUGGGGAUUCCUCACCUGAUGUUCCGUUCGCCCCUGGUUCAGCACUGUUUUCUAUUCAACCCGUAUACUUUAUUGAGUGAAAAGAUAAAGAUUGAUGAAACGGUAUUGAAGAGAGGUAAGAAUGUGACAGAUUUGAAUUGUACUUACCUGUGUUAGUGACCAGGUUUUUGUGUGGCCACCUCAGAAAAUUUGUACCGGGGUUUUUUCACAUGACAACAAAGUAUUCUCGCUCUGGCUGUACCUCUGAAAUUUGGAGUUCUCAUCAUUAUUAGACGCAUUUUAUUGUUUGUUUUUCAGGAUAGAAAUCCAGGACCGCAACGCUCAAGUUGCUGACUCCCUUCGCGUUUGAUAGUUUGAAGUUUGAAGGAGCGGGACGAGAAUAUCAUGGAUUUGGAGGAAGAAACAGUAGCCGACUCUACUGUGCCGUUUUGAUGAACGAAUUCUGCGGAAGAACAGGACAAGAUGGUCGUCGCCCGUCGAUUUUACGGGCCCGCAAUGGUUUUCUACAUGGGAUUGACGUUUUUUACGGAAAAUCUGAUAGUUCACUUUCCAAAUAGUUGUGUUGUGGUCAGCUGAUCACGUAACUAUGUCUAUGCUUAUUCUCCGCCACCAGACUUGCAAAAUAAGGACCCGGCCCGUUGCAAGUCUGCUGAUUGUAUUCACCACCAAUUUAUUUACUUCAGUGUUUUUCCAAUUUUUGUUAAAACAAAUUUUUUUGGUUGGAAAAAAAUAAACCUUACUUACUUGGAACACUUAGUGUAAGUGGGUUCAAGCUGUUUAGCUUCAAACUACACGCGGACGAAUUCAAGUCAUUUGGAUCGAUCAGUUCGGGCAGAGGUGGACGACGUCGUUUUGCGACAAACAUUCCAGCUCUCUUUCUGCCGACGAAAAGUUUUCCCAUAGGUGGCCCCAAUCCGUGCCGGUCUAAAAAAGUUAUUACUGGCUUUUCCAACAAAUUUCACCCUUCUCGACUCCAUUUCCAGAUAAAGACACAUCCUUUCUUCCCACAAAUCCCUCGACAUCAUCUACUUCGACUUCAAGAAAGCCUUUGACGAAGUAGAUCAUAGCCUCCAAGUGAAAUACAACGAGAAUUGUUGAAUAUAACUUUUGAAGGCAGAAAAAUAGUGUCAAUUGCGGAACUGUUUGGAAACGACGCUUUCGAAAAUGCGUUUUUCUCUGAAAAUGGAUUAAUUUUAUAUAAUUUUUCGAUGAAAACGCUCACAAGGCAAAAGUCGUCCAAGUCUGGUGCUCAGCCAACUUUUCUCGUUUCAUAAUCAGUUCUGAAUGGCCAGUGUUGUCACCGGAUUUGAACUAUUUUGUAUGGGGAGUUUUUCAGUCGAAGGUUCAAGCACAUCCACAUCCCAAUUUGGAGUCAUUGAAGAAAAGUUUGGAGGCAGAUUGGGCCAAGCUAUCUCCAGAAUACCUCCGUGCCACAGUAGAGGCUUUCCCGAAGAGACUCAAGGAUGUUGUCAAGAACAAAGGCAACCGCAUCGAACAAAUUUAA